UGGUUUUACGCAGAUUCCAUUGUACAAGAGGUGACACUCAUGAAACAAGCCAAACCAUUCUAUGUGGUCCGAUGGAUUGGAUACGAAGACAUGUAAGUUCAGAAUAAUUCACAUUUUUUGGUUAAAACCAAAAAAAAAAUCCUUUUUAAUAAGAGGUACAAUACAGUCGAGCCCGAAGAAUAUUUGGCGAAUACGGCGGUGCUGCUGCUCCAUAAAAAAAACACUAUGGCCUUGGCGUGCCGUACAAAUGGACCCACUUUGCUGCGACGAUCGAAUCGUAUACAUAUGCUUCAAAUGCAUCAUGUACCGAAUCUGACUAAAGCGAUCAACUGCAAGAGCUCGGCAUUUGCACGAGCAAUGAAGCUGUUGAACGAACAUCUGCUAGUCGAAAUAAAGGCUGACCGAUACGAUCGACACAUUGGUUUCCAUGAUUCUAAUGGAAGUGUUGUCGCAGCAUUGCGGUACCAAUUCAAUUUCAUUAGAAACAUUUUCGGUCACCUUUUUCGGAAAUGUGUUUGGUCAGAACCAGUCAUCAAGCACCUGAUGGUAAACGCAACUGUUAAUGCAGAUACGAUCAAGAAAUUAAUAUAUGACGGCCUGAACAAUCGAAAGGAGCUACGAAAGGAGGGAUACGUUUCGUUCUUUGUACUGAAUAAGUAUAAUGUACACGACACCAUAUAAACGAAGCACAUGGACAUGCAUGGUUUUGACGGUUCGCACGACAGAUAGUUUCAAAGAUGCAAUACUUCACCAUUC